UUCAUAGCAUUUACUUACACAUACACCAACCGCACGAACUUCACAUCGAACAAUAUGCUAUGCAAACUGUCAUAUGCUUUUUGUUUGUUUAUUUUUUUUCGUUUAUAAAUAAGUCGAAAUUGAUUUGAAAAAAGUGACGACAGCAUAAAAAAUUGCAAAUUAUUCGGAGAGCAGUUUUUGGAACAGGAGAUAUUGGAAAAAUUGAACAUGUCAGCAAAAUCAGUUGUAAUUGGCGGUGGCACUGGGUUUAUUGGAACUCAUCUUUCGAAUUUACUGAAGAAGUCCGGAUACAAUGUGUUGACUGUAUCACGUAUGCCGGGAUACGAUCGAAUUACAUGGCAUGAGUUGAACGAAAAAGGUUUACCAAACGAUACAAUUGCAGCGGUCAAUGUUGCUGGCCAAAAUGUACUCGAUCCGAGCCGACGAUGGACGUCUGGCUUUCAGCAAAAUGUUUGGAAUUCACGCAUUAAUACAACAACAUCAUUUGUGCGUGCCAUUACAAAUGCCAAAACUAAACCAAACAUUUUCAUUAGCGUCAGCGGUGUAAGCUUGUAUCGACCAUCCGAUAGCAAAAUUUAUAACGAAGACGAUAAAGGCGAGGAUUUUGAUUAUAUGUCGAAUUUGUGCUUAAAUUGGGAGAAAGCAGCCGAGCUUCCAGCGAAUGAAACAACACGAUUGGUUCGAAUUCGGAGUGGCGUAGUAAUUGGUAGCAAUGGUGGAAUGAUUAAGUCAUUGAAAUUACCGUUUUGGUUCGGCUUUGGUGGUAAAAUCGGCGAUGGAACACAGCCCUUACCAUGGAUACAUAUCGAAGAUUUGUGUCAAAUGAUCAAAUAUUCAAUUGAAACCGAGAAAGUCAAUGGGGUUUUGAAUGGCGUGGCACCAGACAUUAUCACCAAUGGUGACUUUACCAAGGCAUUUGGUGCUGCGAUGCGUCGUCCAACAUUUUUCACGACCCCCGCAUUUGUGAUUCAGCAGCUGUUUGGCAAGGAACGUGCUGCUUUACUGUUGACCGGUGCCAAGAUCCAUCCAAAACGCACAUUGGAACUCGGUUACCAAUACAAAUACCCAAAAGUCAUCGAUGCAUGCCGUGAAGUGUGUUAAUUUUUAUCCCAGUUUCUGUUAUAAUUUAUGUUACGAAUCGUGUUUGUUGAAAGGAGAAUACAUGUGCAAUUGAAAAAAAAUAGAAGAAGGUUUUAUUUAUGAAUUGAUUUGUAAGCAUAAAACAUGUUUUUGUGUUAAUAAAAUGGUUGUUUCGUUUUGGCAAACAAUGCCCAACACUUCA